ACGUGACUUUUCUUACACCUUUAAAUGUUCAAAAAAAUUCAACAAUCACAAUUAAUUGGACUUUUAGUGGUACUCAAAACACGAUUGUUGAGCUAGGAAUAAGUAAUGAUCAGCAAAGAAUCGUAAUAGACAAUAAUAUCGAUCUUAAAAAAAGAAAUGAAAAUUGGACUGUUACUGUUGAUGCUGGAAUUUAUCGGUUAUUUCUAUAUGAUUUAACUUCUAGAAUUUAUACAUAUUCGAAUUCAGUAACGGUUAGUCAUCUAUAUGAUUUAACUGCUAAUACAUCUUCGAAAACAUCAACUGCUAGUCAAACUGCUAGUCAAACUGAUACUCCAAAUGAAGCAUUCACUAUUCCUCCAUUAUGUGUUAUUAUAAAGUGUGAUAAUGAUAAAGUAUUGCAGGUUUUGUUAAAUAUAAUUUUCACAAUUCCUUAUAUUCCUGGUGUGAUUCAUGCGCUUUAUUGG